AUGGUGGGUAGAAAGAAGCGGAGUACCAGUACGAGGAAUCAUUUUGCUGAGGUAAAUGGUGUGCAACAAUACGGUACCGGUGAUUUUGGAAAUAACAGCACUUAUCGUGGUCAGUUUUCGAACGCUAGCAGUAUAUGUCGUAAUGGAAGUCUUGUGGAUCCUGACUAUUCUGCUCUGACAACAACUUUUCACCGUAGAUCAAAACAAUACAGUAAUCACUUCAAUCACAGGAAUCAACAAAAUGCCGUCAACAAUAAUACUACGGCAAAUAUGAAUGGGAAUUGCAUUGCGAGAAGUGCAAGUCGGGAAACUAGCUCAGCAUCUGCUGGUAGUAUCAUUUCGGGCGACCCGGAUGAGGAUGGCUUUUUAUCAGGAUCAGGGCAAGAAAUCGAACCUGAUGAUUUGCGAUGCAUAGAAAGACGAAGCGUGGCACUAAUGACCGAAAAAGAAUCAAGUUGCUCCGUAAGUACACAAACAGUUGAUGGUACGAACUCAGAUUUAUUGUUAGCUGUGUGCAAGAUGAAGUGUUCGCAAAGAGUUGAAGCUGUUGCAGAAGUGAUUCAGUGUUUGAAUGCUUAUGAGCAAAGAUACAUAGGAUCAUGUGUAGAAACAGCUGUGCGUUCAAAGUCGCUAUAUCUUCGACAGUAUGAGUUGCGCUACAAUGAUGCUUAUUUUUUACAAAACUUCGUAGAAUCAGCAUCAUAUAGCCGGCUUCUGGAGCUUGCCUUUCCGAUGUUGUGCCUUUUACAUUCAACGAACCGCCCAGCAGCUACCGUCUAUAUGCAAUUGGUAGAACGACUAUGCGAUGAACUUAUUGCUGUAUCUGCUAACAAAUCGCCUCUCGAAAGGGAAGAAAUGUUGGAUUCGUUGCUUAUGGUGGUUUCCGCAGCACAACAUCAUGCAGCUUUCUCUGUGGAGCAUAAAAUCAGACUUGAAAAUAUUCGAACAUAUUUGGGAGCAUUGUCUCCUCAGCCGGCUGCUCCGAUUGAGAAACAGAGUUGUGAGGCUUCUACAUCUGAAAAUGACGACGUACCUGUUGUCAUAUCUCGUUUGGACGCUGAGGUUACGAAUGACGAUUCUUCUCCGAAUAUAUUUUCAAUAGCGAUCGAAUGGAGCGAUAUGAAAACAUCUUAUAUUGUUAGGACGGCUGAUCAAAUCGCUGAUUUGCACAAUCGUCUGUUAGACAGUUUCCCAAAUGAAGCAGGGGCUCAGACUGGGAAUCCUCGCGUUCUGCCAUAUCUUAAUCGUUCGCAACCUAGUUCUAUUUUGGGCUAUAUUCGCGCAUUGCCGGAUCUUCCAGCUCGUGUUUUAGUUUGUCCAAUAGUGCGUGAUUUCUUUUAUCCAUCUCGGUUAGAAAGCUGUUCAUUUUUAUCAGCUCCUCAGUCAUUAAUAUCGCGUUCUUUGCCUUCUCUUAUUGAGUUGAAAAAGCCUCCAACAUGCAGUAACACUUCUUCCCCGUCCAGUCAACCUUUAUCCGAAACACCGGUGUGUCAUCCCUCAUUAUCUGUCACAUUUUUACCCGUAACAACUGUUUGUUCUGCUGGUGUGAUGGGUUGUACUAGUGUAGCCUGUCCACCAUUUUCAAUGACAAACGUACCUCCGCCACCUCGUGGUCCACUUUUAUCACUAGCACGACCGCUAUCCCUAUUAGCUACUACCACCAAUGUCCCAGCUUAUCCGUCGCUACUUUCACUACCUCCAAAUCCCAAUGGAUUAUCAUGUUGUAAUUGCGCUGGUCGCCAUCCAUUUGCUUAUUGUACUCAGCCUACGAUGCUGCAAAUUAUCGCAAGUGGUGAAUAUAGGAUUGAUUAUAACAAUAUGACAACCGCUCUGCCAUUCGAGAUGACAGGAAGUGUUGCAUCAGUUAAUAAUUCCGUUUCACCACCAUCGACAAAUUUUUCCACACCACCACCAGCUCCGAAUUCGUGCUGA